AUGAGUAAUUUAGACCCAUACGAAUACUUACUUACAUUUACACCAGACAUUGACGAACGAUUUACACUACUUAAACAAGCGAUGAAAACUCAUGUUGAUACAAAGAAAAUGGUUAUACAAGUUAGUCCUUCAGAAGACAUUAUGAAAACUCUCGAAAACACUUUAGAAAAGACAAAAGAAGCCAAGAAGACUUGUUCGCAGUUUGAAUUUGCAAUAGACCAAACGAUAGCAGCUUUAGAUGAUAUGAAAGAAUUGUUAUUUGAGACCAAAAAGCAAUGUUAUACGGACGAAGUUAACAUCACCACAACAAACAACACGACAAUUCAACAACUCAUUCAACUCGAACAAAAGAGAUUUGAAGAAGAACUCCAGAAGAACUCCUUUCGAAAAGCGCAGCUACAAACUAUUUUCCAAAAGAAAGAGACAUCACUCAAUGCGAAAUUAAUGAGUCUUCGCGAUAAAGCAAACAAUUCAAUGGGAUCAUCAAGUGUAGCACUCAAUCCAAAAGAGGGUGAGUCCGAUUCAAAUAACAAGGAGCAACCAUCAGAGGAUGAAACUACUGAAAUAGAAGACAUGUUACAUGUGAUGGACAACUCUUUAAAAAGUUCAACAAGUCAGGAGAAUGAAAAAAGUGACGAAAAAGACGAAGAAGAGAAAAGUGAAGAAGACGACGAACCAAAGAAAAAGAUGAAGCGACGGAUUCGGUCGAGGAAAGCGUUACUUCGACAAAGAAAGAUGACGCCAAUCUCUUUAUAUGAUGAGUCGAUACUUACCGAAGAAGAACGUAAACAGAUAUUUAAAUGGAGUGGGAGAAGAGUAGGAAACAUUGUUUUUGAUUCGGAAGUGAAUGCGAUGGGACGGAAUAGUAAAAUGUUUAAUGACGGGGUGAGAGAUGGGAAAGGGUUUGUGUUGUGUAUUGAUGACAAGUUGAAGAAUCGCUUUGGGUGUGUCAUUACAGAAAAGGUUGAGAGAGAAGCGACGUGGGUAGCCGACGAGAAUGCGUUUGUAUUUGUGUUAGAAAGGAAUGGAGAAAAAGAUGAAAAAAAGUUUGAUAUUAAAAAGAAGAAAGCAAGUAAUGCUUUCUUAGUCGGAAAACCUACUCAAUCAGGUCUCUUCGCUGUGGGAAAUGAUGAUAUUAGAAUUAUGAGAAAAUAUAAAGGAAAAACCAUUUGUUUUUGUUCACAAGACACAUUUGAGUAUAACGGAGAGAAAAAGGCCUUGUGUGGGAAAGUCCAUCCAGAGAAGUUCGAGUUAAAACGACUCAUUUUGGCAACACUCGAAGAGUGA